CUCUUGACCAGGACAGGAGCACUCCGCACCUCCACUCACGCAAGUCCGGACAAAGUGGAGUCUGGCCUUCAUCUCCUCGGUCUCAGUCCCGACAUACACACACUCUGAACUUACGGAGAAGUUGAGAAAUUUGUUUAGAAGCAGGUUUAUAGAGGGACAUCGGAAGCCCUUUUAACAACAAAAUGACAGCUGUUGAGACGCAAGUGCAAUACAACACCUCGUACACGGUGCUGAGCUCGAAUGAGUACAUGAUUCAGGAGGAUGACUGGGACAGGGACCUGCUGCUCGACCCUGCCUGGGAGAAACAGCAGAGGAAGACAUUCACAGCCUGGUGUAAUUCUCACCUGCGGAAGGCUGGCACUCAGAUCGAGAAUAUCGAAGAGGACUUCAGAAAUGGCCUCAAGCUCAUGCUGCUGCUCGAGGUCAUCUCAGGUGAAAGAUUGCCCAAACCCGACAAGGGCAAGAUGCGAUUCCACAAAAUCGCUAACGUGAACAAGGCUCUGGAUUUCAUCUGCAGCAAGGGAGUGAAGCUGGUGUCCAUUGGAGCUGAAGAGAUUGUUGAUGGUAACGUUAAAAUGACUCUUGGAAUGAUCUGGACCAUCAUCCUCCGUUUCGCUAUCCAGGACAUCUCAGUGGAAGAAACCUCUGCUAAAGAGGGUCUGUUGCUGUGGUGCCAGAGGAAGACUGCCCCCUACAGGAAUGUUAAUGUACAGAACUUCCACAUCAGCUGGAAAGAUGGCCUCGCUCUGUGCGCCCUCAUCCACAGGCACAGACCUGACCUGAUUGACUACUCCAAACUGAGAAAGGACGACCCCAUUGGAAACCUGAACACAGCUUUUGAAGUGGCUGAGAAAUUCCUGGACAUCCCCAAAAUGUUGGACGCUGAAGAUAUUGUGAACACUCCUAAGCCUGAUGAGAAGGCCAUCAUGACCUACGUGUCCUGCUUCUAUCAUGCCUUCGCUGGGGCUGAGCAGGCUGAAACUGCCGCCAACAGGAUUUGUAAGGUUCUGGCAGUGAACCAGGAGAAUGAGAGGCUGAUGGAAGAGUAUGAGAAACUGGCCAGCGAGUUGUUGGAGUGGAUCCGUCGGACGAUCCCAUGGCUGGAGAACCGUGUUGCGGAGCAGACCAUGCGUGCCAUGCAGCAGAAGCUGGAAGACUUCCGAGAUUACCGCCGUGUUCACAAGCCACCACGCGUGCAGGAAAAAUGCCAGCUGGAAAUCAACUUCAACACCCUUCAGACCAAACUGAGGCUCAGCAACAGACCCGCAUUCAUGCCCUCUGAAGGAAAGAUGGUUUCGGACAUUGCCAACGCAUGGAAAGGCUUGGAGCAGGUUGAGAAAGGCUACGAGGAGUGGCUGCUGACUGAGAUCCGCCGUCUGGAGAGACUUGACCACCUGGCUGAGAAGUUCAAGCAGAAGUGCAAUCUCCACGAGUCCUGGACUGCAGGAAAGGAAGACCUUCUGUCUCAGAAGGAUUAUGAAUCUGCAUCUCUGAUGGAGAUCAGGGCUCUUAUGAGGAAGCACGAGGCGUUCGAGAGUGACCUCGCCGCCCACCAGGACAGAGUGGAGCAGAUCGCAGCUAUUGCCCAGGAGCUCAAUGAGCUAGAUUACCAUGAUGCUGCUACUGUGAACACUCGCUGCCAGGCCAUCUGUGACCAGUGGGACAACCUGGGCACUUUGACCCAGAAGAGGAGAGAUGCUCUGGAGCGUGUGGAGAAAUUGUGGGAAACUAUUGAUCAGCUGUACCUGGAAUUCGCCAAAAGGGCAGCACCAUUUAACAACUGGAUGGAUGGAGCCAUGGAGGAUCUGCAGGACAUGUUCAUCGUACACAGCAUUGAGGAGAUCCAGAGUCUGAUCACAGCUCAUGACCAGUUUAAAGCCACUCUCCCAGAAGCAGACAAAGAGCGCAUGGCCGUCAUGGGUAUCAUGAACGAGAUCAUGAAGAUUGCUCAGACCUAUGGCAUCAAGCUGUCUGGCAUCAAUCCAUACACCAACCUCAGCCCUCAGGACAUCACUAACAAGUGGGAGACGGUGAAGCAGCUGGUGCCCCUCAGAGACCAGAUGCUUCAGGAGGAAGUUGCCAGACAGCAGGCCAAUGAGAGACUGAGGCGGCAGUUUGCUGCCCAGGCCAAUAUCAUCGGACCUUGGAUCCAAACCAAGAUGGAGGAGAUCGGCCAUGUGUCUGUGGACAUUGCCGGCUCUCUGGAGGAACAGAUGAACAACUUGAAGAAUUACGAGCAGAACAUCAUCAACUACAAAUCCAACAUCGACAAACUGGAGGGAGACCAUCAGCUCAUCCAGGAGGCACUCAUUUUUGACAACAAGCACACAAACUACACCAUGGAGCAUAUCCGUGUGGGCUGGGAGCAGCUGCUCACCACCAUCGCCCGCACAAUCAACGAGGUGGAGAACCAGAUCCUGACCCGCGACGCCAAGGGCAUCAGCCAGGAGCAGCUCAACGAGUUCAGAGCCUCCUUCAACCACUUCGACAGGAAGAGAAACGGCAUGAUGGAUCCCGACGAUUUCCGCGCUUGUCUCAUCUCCAUGGGCUACGAUUUGGGUGAGGUGGAAUUUGCCCGCAUCAUGACCCUGGUGGACCCCAACAACACAGGCGUGGUCACCUUCCAGGCCUUCAUCGACUUCAUGACCCGUGAGACAGCCGAGACGGACACAGCCGAGCAAGUGAUGGCCUCCUUCAAGAUCCUGGCUUCCGACAAGGCCUACAUCACGGUGGAGGAGUUGCGCAGGGAGCUUCCUCCAGAGCAGGCCGAGUAUUGCAUCAGCCGCAUGACCAAGUUCGUCGGGCUGGACGUCCCUGCAGGCGCUCUCGACUACAUCUCCUUCUCCAGUGCCCUCUAUGGCGAGAGCGACUUAUAAAUGUCCCUCUUUCUCUUAUCAUUUAUCUCUGUUUUUUCUUGUCUCGCUUUACUCCUUUCUUUCUUUUCCUCUUGUCACCCGAAUCUAAGAAAGUGCUAUCAAAUGGCCCUCACUUUCUAAAUCCCUCCCUUUUCUUUUUUUUUCAUGUGUCCUGUGUGCAUAUCGGUUUACUACCCCCCCCCCCUUCUUUAAUAUCUCGCUGUAGUGUUUCAUAAGGAGAAAGCGCACAGCAAAAUCACCAGCUCUAAUGUAACACCUACAGUCUUAAUAUUGUCUCCCCGUAACACGCUAUACGUGCGCAUUCACGACUGGAGAGUUUUCUCUGUGUAACCUCCCCUUUGUCCCUUUGUAUCGCCCUCAUUUUCCCCUCCGAAUCUAAUUUAUGUGAGAGAGCUGUGAUCCUACUACCCAACCCCCCUCCCCCCUCCCAAACACCACCAGCCCAGCGCCACCCCCACACCCAAAAGCCGCAGAGCCCUGAGUUGAAAGAAGAAUGAAGGAGGACGCUUUGCUGCUCUGGAAUUGCACACUCACUGUCAGUUUUUUCAAAUUUUGAAUGACAAAUUCAAUAUUGCCGUAACGUAUACAAUCCGAAUGACGCAAUAAAGUCAUGUGACUUCCACAAAACCCAUCGUUCUGGUCCUGUGCCUUGAGUAAACUUCUUCGGUGCUACCGCGGUGCCUCACUCAUUAAAGAUGCAAUAUUCCCGAAGUCACACUCAGCAGAUUUCCAAAGCGAGCUUCCUUCCAAGGUUAUAGCUUCACUGUGGGCUCUCACAGCCUCACUGUCAUGUCUGUAGAAACAUCUUCAUCAUUUCUAUUUAGACUCUUCUAUGUGGGGGUUUUUGUAUGUCUUAAUUUAGUCAGUUCUUAAAUGUAUCUCUUGUGAAAGCGUAAAAAAAUAGACUGUAAACCUCUUAAGCUUAGCGAUUGCAAUAAUCACGCAGUUGUGAGAGUGAGGUGAGGAAUUGACGUAAGUCUGGGAAUUUUAAGGUGUUUACAGUAGUAACUAAAAGCAGCGAUACUGGGGUGGAAAAAAUAAAUGGAAUCAGUGCCGUGGUUACAGACAGAAAGCGAAUAAAUGAUUGUCAUGGCAGUAUAAACUUGCAGAUGAGUGCUCGAACUUCUUGGGUCAAGGAAGCAAAAUGCAGUGUUAAAUAAACACCUACAAUGAUCAGGAAUGCCACCGAGCUAGUGAUUCAUUUCACCCAUUCAUUUCACCCAUUGUGAACUUUUCAUAUAACAUACGAACCCUGUAUACGUCGUUUGUGUUUAUUCGCAGAGGAACAUCAGGGCAGAAUUGAGGAGAGGGAAAAGAACGAUCAAAUUGAUCAAGAGAGAGAUUUUGAAAGGUCCUCAGUUUUUUUUUUUUUUUUAAGAAAGUAAGUGGGGUCUAAAAUUUCUGGCUCCAAGUGCAAGUGGAACUGUAGCAGGUUUAAAGACACUAAUAAUCGUUCGGUAUCUGAGGAUACAGUCUAGGAACAAAUCAGCCUUGUGUACGUCUCUCAAGCUAAUGUGUGGGUUUCUGUGGCUACAAAUCUUUCGGUGUCCCGUAACAUCCCCUCUGCCAUUCACUGCCAUGAUCACUUGCUUUCACGCUGCCGCUGCUGAAUGAAAACCAAACUCUCCAAAAUAAAACUUUUCAUUGAGU